AGCCGUGACAGAAUGGUGGACUGUUUGAGCAAAGUCAUGCUGCACACAGUCAUCUCAUGCUGGCAGCCAGUCCUGGGACUGGCCCUGCUGGUCGUCUUUGCGGGAUCCUCUCUGGGCUGUCCCUCCCGCUGCGAGUGUUCGGCGCAAACCAAAGCCGUGGUGUGCCACCGCAAGCGCAUGCCCGCCAUACCUGACGGCAUCCCGGGCGAGACUAGGAUCCUGGACCUGAGUAAGAACAAGCUAACUAUGAUCAACCCAGAUGAUUUUGUCGCCUUUCCGAGCCUUGAGGAGCUUGACCUGAGCGGGAAUAUAAUCAGCUACGUGGAACCGGGUGCCUUCAACGCUUUGUUUGGCAUGCACUCGCUCAGCUUAAAGAGCAACCGGAUCAAGCUCAUCCCUCUUGGCGUCUUCUCGGGCCUGGCCAACCUUACCCGGCUAGAUGUAAGCGACAACAAGAUCGUCAUCCUCUUGGAUUACAUGUUCCAGGACUUGCACAAUCUCAAGUUUUUGGAAGUGGGCGACAACGACCUGGUUUACAUCUCGCACCGAGCAUUCAGCGGACUUUUAAGCCUGGAGACGCUGGCUCUGGAGAGGUGCAACCUCACUGUGGUGCCAUCUGAGGCCCUCUCACACCUACACAACCUGGUCAGCCUGCAUCUGCGAUACCUCAGCAUCAGCACUUUGCAUCCGUAUUCUUUUAAAAAGCUGUUCCGGCUGCGCCACUUGGAGAUCGACAACUGGCCCUCACUGGACCACGUGCCAGCCAAUACCUUGCACGGCCUCAACCUCACAACUCUGUCUGUCACCAACACCAAUCUGUCGUCCUUUCCCUACCAGGCUUUGAAGCACUUGCCCUACCUGACACACCUUAACUUGUCCUACAACCGCAUCCGGCACAUUGAAGGAGGGAUGUUGAUGGAUCUUGUUCGCCUUCGAGAGUUUCACCUGGUCGGCUCGCAGCUCACCGCCAUCGAACCGUACGCCUUCCAAGGCCUGCGGGGGUUAAAGGUGCUCAACGUGUCGCACAAUCGGCUUGACACACUAGAGAAGGGAGUCUUCCAAUCUCCGGAAGCUUUGGAAGUUCUUCUCAUCGACAACAACCCGCUGGUGUGCGAUUGCCGUCUUAUGUGGAUUUUACAGAAAAGGCACUCCAUCUUGUUUGGGGAUUCCCAGCCAGAGUGCAACACACCCGAGGGAAUUCGUGGCAGACCCUUCCAAGAGUUUAAGGAAAGCCUGUUGUCUUACUACGUGACCUGCACCAAGCCGAAAAUCCGCGAGAACAAGACGCAAACUGUGACAGUGGACGAGGGCCAACAUGCUCUGUUGCACUGCAGUGCCGACGGUACACCGAGGCCCUCCAUGUCCUGGGUUUCCCCGAGGCGGCGCGUACUGACGGCCAGGAACCACGGCAGAGUAACAGUGCACAACAACGGCACUCUGGAGAUCAAGUCUGCGGAGGUUCAAGACGGCGGGGUCUACCUCUGCCACGCCUCCAACACGGCCGGGAACGACACCCUGAUGACAUCACUGGCAGUCAAGAGCCUGGGCUCGCUGUACGCCAACAGGACCCAGUACUACACCGAACCCAGCAACACCACUGCAAACGGGACCGCCAACAUCACCCUGGGCUUGGACCUAAAGACCAUUUUGGUGUCGACGGCCAUGGGUUGCUUCACGUUCCUGGGGAUGGUCUUGUUUUGCUUCUUGCUCCUCUUCGUCUGGAGCAGAGGCAAAGGAAAACAUAAAAACAACAUCGAUGUGGAGUACGUGCCUCGCUCCAAGUCCAACGGCACCAACGUGGACUCGGCCGAAAUCCAGGCCGGUCCUCAUCGUUUCAACAUGAAAAUGAUGUGA